AUGAACCCUGCUUUUCGUUCCCCCAACUCUCCGGGUCGGACCCGACAAGUCCCCGCUCCGAUCCAUCGACAUCCUCCUCCGGUCUCUGACGACGACGACGACGAUUCAGACGAAGACGAAUUGGGUCGUCCCGUGUCAUCGGGUAGUGAUGCUUCGUCCAAUGUGACAACCGUUUCAGCCGCCCCCAUUACUCCAAUCAACCCACCCCCAGGGGGUUAUUUCUCCCCACACCGAUCUGCUUCAGCCACCACGUCACCCCAACGCGCCGCUAGAAUGCCUCAAGAACGUCGUCCGUCAGGGCGCGGCCCAUCGACCGAGCUGCCUAGACACAGAUUUCGACACACCUCGCAGGGGUUCUUUGAACCGUCCCUACCUACCGCCUCGUCUGACCAGAUGCCGCAAGUGUCGGCUUCCCGCAUCGCCGCUCAGGCGGCUAUGCAACAGAUCAAAAGACCAGAGGAGACACGACGUAGUGGCAGUGCUUCCCCAACUCAGCAACCGCCACCAUUGAUGCCUGCUCCUUUGCGAAUCAACCAGCCUCCUCCAAGUGUUGCCACCACAGCCGCCAACGUUGUGUUCCCGCGGGCUGGGGCAGCUUCCCAGCCACCGGGGGAACCACCGGAGAGCAAGAAAAAGAAAAAUAAGCUAUUUUCAAAACCGAAACAUAUCGUCCUAAGUCGAGACAAGUCGGAUCCAUACAGCCGGGAUCGUGGUUUGCCCUCUCCGAGUAAGAUUGGUGGUGGUCUCUCGCGCAUGGUCAGCGCAUCUACGACUAGCCUGGCGGAUCUACCCUCGAAUAACUCUUCAAUGUACAACCUCUCCAACGCCUCGGUUAGCACUGUUGUGCCGGCUGGGGAGAAACCUCCACCACCAGAAAAGGAUACCAAGGACAAGGAUAAACAUAAGCAUCAUUUCUUAUCACGACAGAAGCUCAAGUUAAAGGACCGUGACGAACACUUUAACCUACCUCUGUCAUCUGCGUCGAGUAAUUCUCGUCCUGCAGACCCUAACGCUCCUCAAUCUCUUUAUUCAUUUACUAGCCCCGCGACUCCAGCACCGGGAGCCACGUUCGGAAAAUCUGAAGAAAAGGAGAAAGAGAAGGCUCUCGCUGAAUCAGAACAUACGGAAUGGCUUGCGAAUUCAGUGGCAAAUGGCAACGCUACCACUGGCUCGGGCUUUGCUGGGCCGUCAUCUCUAAACAGCUCGUCGGGUGUAAUGGGAGAAGCUGUGCUACGAGAGACUCUUCAAGGGUUUGGACUAAAUAACAUGUCUCCGGAGGAUGCAUGGGAUUUCUUGAAGGCAAAAUUACUCGUCAUAUUUGACGGUGAAGACGUGCGAAUUGCUAUUGAGGAUCUCAACAAGCUGGUCUUGGUGCAUUUGCAGCGUUGUGUUCAGAAGCGCACUCCUACUGCUUUGAUUUUGGAUCUUCAAGAGCUACUCGAGGCAGGCUUUGCUACUCUCAAUCAUAGUUCGUUGAUUGGGGUUCCCAAUGAAAAGCUUGUUCCUCAUUUGGUCCAAGUGUGGAUGCUGGUCUUCGGAACUAUUCUCCCAUUCAUUCAGGCUGUUUUCCUACCGCUAGAUCUCGAGUUCAAGGGAGUUGGAUCAUUGAUGACCCCUCGUGAGUCUCGUGAAUUCUGGGGUGCACUGCCGACUGGCGGAUCGCUUGACGUGCGGAAUUUGGUGUUGAUUGCUUUCCGAGAUCGCAUGAUCUUGAAUCGCUAUGAGACCCUCAAAGCCACUUUCUCAAGUCUCAGUUUGGAUACCAUUAAUACGGGAUUCCCAAUGCUCAGUGUGAUAUCUAAGAGUACCGGGGCUGGAGGUCGCCCAGGCACCGCUGCGUCGCUAGAUGCAGGUCUCGGCAGCUACAACUCACAAUCUUCAACCUUGCUCAGCACUGUCGCGGACAGCUAUUCAUCUGACUCAAUGAGCGCUUUGGCUAUGGCAAAUGCCAACCAACGGCCUGGCAGCAGUAACUCCCGUAGUCGCGCCACCUCGAACACAUCCUCCAACCCUGAUCCCAUGAUCUUCUCAUCCGUUUCUUCACCUCCAACCUCGAACCAACGCCCAACAAUUAUUCACCGCAGUGGCUCCACUGAUUCCUCUCACGUUAUCACAGAGACUGUCGGACGUAUGCUUCAAUGCGUCAGCGUUCUAGCUAGCGUCCAAACAGAUGAUGCUUCACAAGAACGAAUCGAAGUCCUCAGCAAAGCCCUUAAACACAACUGGCUGGGUCGAGGACGCACAGGUCGUGAUAGGCGUGGAUUCGUUGGCGCGAAGAUUCGUCCCGCUAUGGUUGGCGGGUCUAUUCCGCCCAUCAUCGAUGAUGGGGAAUCCCUCACAACAGCUGGGAUUAGUGUUGGAGCUCCCAGUACUAUUGGCUCGAGGAAUCGUGGGGACUCUUCUUCAUCGGAUUGGAGUGGCCAGAGUACGGGAAUGAGUAUGCGUAGUGCAGGUCGCCGGGAAAUGAGUGUUCUUUGA